AUGCGCUUCGCCGCGAUCAUUCUUACUCUAGUUGUCGCCAACAGGGCGGCAACGUUUUCGAAGAGAGCUACGGGAGGAUGUGAAACUCAAGCUGAUGUUACCUUUGUGCUUGAUUCCUCCGACAUCGUCGGAAAAGACAAUUUCGACAAGGAGCUGGCAUUCAUAGCCGACACAGUGUCACAAAUGGAUACCUCUCCUGGUAAAACUAAAGUCAGUAUUGUGACUUACAGUUCUGGGGUGUAUAACCAGUUCUUCCUGAAGGCGAAUCCGACCAGGAAUGAGAUUAGGCACAUCCCAUUCAGGGGUGGACGAACUCAUACUGCGGAUGCCAUUCGCUAUGUUACCCAAACAUCAUUCAACCCAGUCCAUGGGGCGCGGAAUAAUGUGCCCCAUAUAGCUGUUUUGGUAACAAAUGGCCCGUCUUCGUAUAAGCAAGUCACAAAGAUCGAAGCUCAGUCGGCGAAGGAUAAUAACAUCAUUAUGUAUUCAGUCGGCGUCGGCAGUGGUGUCGACAAGGACGAGUUACAAGCCGUCGCCAGUGAUCCCGACUCUCGUUACUACAUAUCGACGCAGAAUUUUGGUGCUCUCGGAAGUGUCUCAGGAUCUCUUGCAACUAAACUCUGCAACGAACUUCCAAGUACAUCGGCAUCCUUGUCAGCCCCAACAAGUUGUCUCCACAAAGCUGACUUAGCCUUUCUGAUCGAUUCAUCUACCAGUGUUGGUCCGGCAAAUUUCCAAAAAAUGGAAAACUUCCUAAAGCAGUCUAUCUCAAAACUAGACGUCGGUCCAGACAAGGUACAUGUUGGCUUGAUGCAAUACAGUAGCUACCCAAAUAUGGAGUUUCCCCUUAACAUGUACACUGACCGUAUAGAUGCUCUCAAAGCUGUCGAGAACGUUCACUACAUGUCUGGAGGUACCAACACAGCCGACGCCAUCAAAUACAUGCGCGAGCACAUGUUCUCUUUGAACAGUGGCGCGCGUGGAAAUGUUCCGCGUAUUGCCAUCGUCGUGACCGAUGGUGGUUCGAUCAACGGUGCUUCCACUACCUACCAAGCUGACCAGGCAAAGCAGACGAACAAUAUUGGUCUCAUUGCUGUUGGGGUGGGAAGCAAUGUCAACAAGAACGAACUUGACAGUAUUGCUAACAGUCCAGCAUCACAAAAUGUCAUCACAGUUAGCAGUUAUGACCAGCUUGACCAAAUCGUUGACCAGUUGUUGGCCAAGACAUGCACAAUUACUCCUACCAUCAAACCAAUGGUUACUGCCGCGCCAGGUGGCACUCUUCCCCCUGACUCGUGCGUUGAUAAAGUGACCAACUGCGCAAACUACGGUCGGAAAGUGUGUACCGAUUACGGUCCUUGGGCCAAUGACAAUUGCGCCCGCUACUGUGGCGUCUGCACGCCAAUAUACACGACUCCUGCUGCUUGUCAAGAUUCCCUAGCAACAUGUUCAUCCUAUGGACUUUCUGCAUGUACACAGUUUCCAGAAUGGGCUAAAGCAAACUGUCAGCGUUUCUGUGGAUUAUGUUCGGGUGCCAUUAGCUCAACUGGAUUCUAUGGAAAGUGUUCUUACAAGGGUCAGACGUACCAGACAGGUGCCAAAUGGUCCGACGCCUGUGACUAUGACUGUAUCUGUGAGGAUGGAAACGCAGGACGUUACAAAUGCUUCAACAAAUGCCCAUUGUACCAUGGUCUGCCGAAAGACUGCACAUUGAUCAAAAAGGAUGGAGAAUGCUGUUUACAACCGGUGUGUAACUUCCAUCAAACUAUACAGAAAUUUGAAAGUACAGGGAAAGGACAGACAGCAACAGGAAUAAAGGUGUGUGUAGCGAACGGUAAGCAGUAUUUCCAGGGUCAGACCUGGGAGGACGGCUGUUCUAAGCAGUGUGUAUGUGCCAACUCAACUGAAGGACUCUACACUUGUGAUGCCAUAUGUCCAUCCUAUAACAGCAUUCCAUCUAAUUGUCAUCUGGACCAGAAACCUGGCGAUUGCUGCCAGAAACCAAUUUGCGAAUACGAUCAGCAGCAUGGAAGUUUCACAGGAAUCGGCACUGUUAGUGGACAAGGAAUAGGAUCAAACCCGACUACUCCCCUUCCUUGCAUUGACCGGAUAAAUACUUGUGCCCAAUAUGGAAAAGACGUUUGUAAGAACUUCCACGGCUGGGCCACUGACAACUGUGGCAAGUUCUGCGGUAUCUGUGGUGGAGAACCAACCCCCAACUCUCAAGAUAAGUGUGUGUACCAGGGUCAGUCAUAUGGACAGGGCAAGUCCUGGACGAUCGGUUGUGACACCCAGUGUACUUGUGAAAAUGCUGUCUAUGGAUACUACAGAUGUGACAAUACUUGUCCAAAAUACAACAAUCUGCCUGCUGGCUGUUUUGAGACAAAACAUAUCGCUGACUGCUGCACAACAGUACAAUGUGACUCUGGAAACUUCAUUGGGUCUACCACGGAUCCCAACUCCAUCGGAAGUGGUGGUCUAAUCCAUGUCCUCAACCCCAGCGGAGGACAACAAGUUGUCUCCCCUACCCAGCCAUCGGGAGCUACUGUAGCCCCUGGAACAGGCGGAACAGGAUUUAUUGCCCCGACACUCAAUGGCUGCCUGUUCAAGGGUCAGCUGUACGUACAGGACCAGACAUGGGAAGAUGGAUGCAGUUAUUCCUGUCAAUGUACAGACAGCUCCAAGGGAGUCUACUCCUGCAGGCCUAAGUGUCCAAUGUACAAAAAUCUUCCAUCCUCGUGCCACAUGGAGACCGACCCCAACGACCCAUGUUGCCAGGCACCCAGGUGCCGAUAUGACCCAAUAACAGGAAGUACAUUCAUUCCUAUCCCAGCAUUCCAACCGGCUGUACAGUACCAUGGUCUGGUGAGGCCCCCAACAACCGGAGAAUUGUACAACCAAAAGGAGUACACUGGUAGUGUUUUGAUUUUCGGAACCAACCUUACACCUGCCCCACCCACUGAGAGAGCCAACGUCACCGGAGGCAUAGGUCACUGUGUAUACCGGGGUACCCUAUACAGCCAAGGUCAGACCUGGGAGGAUGGGUGUGACUACAACUGUGUGUGCGAGGACUCCAGAAGUGGGCUGUACCGAUGUAUUGAAAAAUGCAACCACUUUGGGAAUCUACCACAGCCUUACUGUUACCUCAAACAAGACCCAGCCAACCCAUGUUGUAAAAUUCCAUAUUGUGAUUUUCCUGUCAACUACGUCACCAACACUGGAUACAUCAGUACCGCUAAACCGCCAUCUGAUCACUGUGAAUUCCAGGGUACCCAGUACAAACAGGAUCAGACCUGGUUUAUUGGAUGUGACCGCAAGUGUACCUGUAAUGAUGCUUUGUCAGGAACCUACAACUGUCUUUCAAGAUGUCCAACAUACCCAAAUAACAACUGUACCUUGGUGCCUGACCCUAAUGACCCCUACUGCUGUAGCAUCCCCAGCUGUCCAGCCCAGAACCAGACUGGCAGUGCCUCGGCCAUCCCUACACCUGCUCCUACUGGUUAUUAUACUGGUUACCAGGGCGCCAAUGUCGGAAAGUGUAUAUACAAAGGAGAUAGUUAUGUUCAGGGUGAGACGUGGUCAGAUGGAUGUGACUACAACUGUGAAUGUGUGGAGGCAGGCAAGGGACAUUACUCUUGUACCGACAAGUGUCCCAAAUACCCUGGCCUACCUUCUAAUUGCCGACUGAUUUCUGACUUCACAAACCCUUGCUGUGAGAGGCCAGUCUGUGACAGCCAGCCAGGGUCAGUAGUUACCGGUUUGAAUCCUGUCAUAGGUGGAACUACAGCUGCACCAAAUCCAAUACCAACCCUGGCACCUAAUGCUCAGUACUGUGUGUAUGAGAAUGCCAAUUACGUCCAGGGGCAGGAAUGGGAGGUUGCCUGUCAGUACAAAUGUCGAUGUGACGAUGCCAGUAGAGGAGUCUACAUCUGUAAUGAAAGGUGCCCGAAAUAUAACAACUUGGGCAGUGAAUGCAGUCUAGUAGUUGACAAUAAUGAUCCUUGUUGCCUUGCCCCACGGUGUAAUUUCCCACCGCUGACUGGAAACGCCACUGGCAGCUUUAAUCCAGACCAGAUCCCAACUGCUGCCCCAGGAGUUAUCAGCGGAAGUAUCAACAUACCCACCCCAGCUCCUGUCCCAGGGGGUGCAACAGUGGCCCCACCCAUUAUCAAAUGGUGUGAAUACAAAGGAGCACGUUACGGUCAGGGGGAGAAAUGGUACGACGGCUGUGACUUCGAGUGUGAGUGUGUGACAGCUUCAACCGGCAAAUUCAAAUGUGUGGAAAGGUGCCGAAGAUACUUAAAUCUUCCCCCUCAGUGCCGCCUUGUGAAGGAUCCUGCGAACCCCUGUUGUAAAACUCCCGAGUGUGACUUCCAAGGAGUGACUCAGGGCAUCACUAACUUCCCAACUCCUCCCGUGGGCCCCACUUUAGGACCAGGAAUUGGUCCUACUCCAGUACCCACUCCCAAUUACAACCCCACUCCAGCACCCAAACCAAAAGAUACGUGUGUAUACAAGGGGAAGGAUUACAACCAAGGUCAGCAGUGGUACGAUGGCUGUGAUUAUGUGUGUUACUGUGAAAACGGACCUGCUGGAGUCUAUAGGUGUAGCGAGAGAUGUGCUGCGUUUCCAAAACUAUCAGCCAGCUGCAAGCUUGUGUCUGAUCCUAAGGACCCAUUCUGUUGUAAGGUACCUGAAUGUUCCUUCACCCCUACUAAUGGCACUUACUCUGGCUACGGCUACCCAACAGCGGCUCCUGGAGUCAUCAAUGGAGGAAGUGUCGUCAAGCCUACACCACGACCUAAUGUUGUACCCACAGCUCAGCCCCUCCCCGGGGUGUCCACUCUGGCUCCCACGCCAGCCCCCUCCCAAGGUCCCACAUUCAAAGAUGUAUGUGUGUAUAAGGGCCAACAGUACACUCAGGGCCAGAAGUGGGAGGAUGGCUGCGACUACAACUGUGAGUGUGUGGAUGCCAAGACUGGAUUCUACCAGUGUUCAGAACGAUGCUCCAGAUUUGUGAACUUGCCUGAUGGCUGUACCCUACAGAGGGACUAUCUGAACCCAUGUUGUAUGAAACCUUACUGCGUCCUCAAACCCACAGCAAAGCCGGCAGUUACUCCAUCCCUAGGACCUGGCCAGACUCCAUCCCUUACACCCAAUGCAUCGCCUAACCCUGUGUGUAUGUAUAAUGGUGUACCCUUCACCCAGGGACAGUCCUGGUCAGAUGGCUGCGAGCUGAAAUGUGUGUGUGAAAAUGCCACUACAGGAUACUUCAGAUGUAACGACCGGUGUCCACAUUAUGACUUGACUCCUGGCUGUACAAUGAUCACUGAUCCACGAGACUCUUGCUGUGUGAGACCUUACUGUGACCCAAGAAUCACACCUACUCCUGCUCCGGCCAUCCCAACUGCCCCAGGAGUUCCAGGUCAGACCUAUACACCACAGCCAGGCAAGACCUUUGCUCCAGGUCUCUAUCCCACUCUUCCUGGAGGAAUAACUCUGAUGCCUGGAAUGAUGCUAACACCCGCUCCUGGGCAGACAUAUGCUCCUGGGUUGUAUCCUACUCUGCCUGGUGGAGCAACUCUUGUGCCGCCAAUGGCACAAACUCCAUACCCAGGAUAUACCUAUGCACCACCUAUUCCCACAGCUCCAGGCAUACCAGGACAGACAUACACACCUUCUCCAGGGAAGACAUACGCACCAUAUUUGUACCCCACACUUCCUGGAGGAAUUACUCUCAUGCCUGGUAUGAUGAUCACUCCCGCACCAGGACAGACAUAUGCUCCCGGGCUGUACCCAACUCUGCCUGGUGGAGCAACUCUUGUGCCACCGUUUGUCAACACCCCAUACCCUGGCUUUACAUAUCCUGCUCCGAUACCUACUGCUCCAGGGGUUCCAGGACAAUUGUACACACCUGCUCCUGGGAAGACCUAUGCACCAAACCUGUACCCUACAGUUCCUGGAGGACAGCCUCUUAAACCAGGGAUGAUGCUCACUCCACAGCCUGGCUACACAUAUGCUCCUGGCUUGUACCCAACCCUUCCAGGUGGAGCCACCCUUAUACCACCAUUAGCGUACACACCACGUCCAGGUUACACCUUCGCACCUGUCCCCACAGCUCCGGGUAUACCAGGUCAGACCUACACACCAUCACCAGGCAAGACCUACGCACCUAACUUAUACCCAACAAUACCAGGAGGAGAGACAUUGAUGCCGGGAAUGAUGCUGACCCCAAGACCAGGACAAGUCUACAUUCCAGGAUUCUACCCGACACUCCCAGGAGGAGCUACACUUGUUCCCCCCUUGGCUUACACACCACCCUCUACCUAUACUGUUGCUCCACCAAUCCCAACUGCACCAGGAAUUAUUGGACAGACGUACACUCCAUCACCAGGAAAAACAUAUGCGCCAAACUUGUAUCCAACAAUUCCUGGAGGACAACCUCUUGUACCUGGAAUGAUGCUCACCCCACAGCCAGGCCAGACCUACGCUCCUGGAUUGUACCCAACCCUUCCAGGCGGAGCUACCCUUGUUCCCCCAUUUGCUAACACUCCACAUCCAGUUUACACUGUUGCUCCUCAAAUCCCAACAGCACCUGGAAUUAUCGGACAGACAUAUACUCCAUCACCAGGAAAGACAUUUGCACCAAACCUGUACCCAACUAUACCAGGAGGACAACCCCUUGUACCUGGUAUGAUGCUCACCCCACGACCUGGCCAGACCUAUGCUCCAGGACUCUAUCCAACUCUUCCUGGAGGAGCGACCUUGAUUCCACCACUUAUGUACACACCCUUCCCAGGAUAUACCUACGCUCCACCCAUUCCGACUGCUCCGGGUAUUCCAGGACAAAUUUACACACCUGCUCCAGGAAAGACAUAUGCCCCAGGACUCUACCCGACUGUACCAGGUGGACAGACUCUUGUUCCUGGUAUGAUUCUGACACCUGCUCCUGGCCAGACCUACUCUCCAUUGCUGUACCCCACAUUACCAGGGGGAGCAACUCUUGUUCCACCGUUUGCUGGAUACACAUUUGCACCCAUUCCAACUGCUCCUGGUGUUCCCGGACAAAUUUACACACCUGCUCCGGGAAAGACGUAUGCCCCAGGACUCUACCCAACUGUACCAGGAGGACAGACACUUGUGCCAGGUAUGAUGCUCACGCCACAACCAGGAAAGACCUAUGCUCCCGGGCUGUACCCAACUCUGCCUGGUGGAGCAACUCUUGUGCCUCCUUUGGCCAAUACACCAUACCCUGGCUUUACGUAUCCAACACCCAUCCCAACCGCUCCAGGAGUUCCAGGACAAUUGUACACACCUGCUCCUGGGAAGACCUAUGCACCAAACCUGUACCCUACAGUUCCUGGAGGACAGCCUCUUAAACCAGGGAUGAUACUCACCCCACAACCGGGCCAGACUUAUGCUCCUGGCUUGUACCCAACCCUUCCAGGUGGAGCCACCCUUGUACCACCAUUGGCGAACACACCACGUCCUGGUUACACUUUCGCACCUGUCCCCACAGCUCCAGGUAUACCAGGUCAGACCUACACACCAUCACCAGGCAAGACCUACCCACCUAACUUAUACCCAACAGUACCAGGUGGAGAGACAUUGAUGCCGGGCAUGAUGCUGACGCCAAAACCAGGCGAGGUUUACAUUCCAGGUCUGUAUCCUACUCUUCCAGGAGGAGCUACGCUUGUUCCACCAAUGAUAUACACACCAUAUCCAGGAUACACCAACAAGCCACCAAUUCCUACAGCUCCAGGCAUUCCUGGUCAGACAUACACUCCUUCUCCUGGUAAAACAUACGCACCAGGACUUUACCCAACUGUUCCCGGAGGCCAGACUCUUGUUCCGGGCAUGAUGCUGACCCCGAAACCAGGACAGACGUAUGCUCCUGGGUUAUACCCUACACUACCAGGUGGCCAGACUUUGAUCCCCCCUCUGAUGUACACUCCUUAUCCUGGAUUCACCUAUGCUCCACCCAUCCCCACUGCUCCAGGUAUCCCAGGACAGACGUACACACCUGCUCCAGGACUUACAUAUGCACCGAACCUGUACCCGACAAUUCCAGGAGGACAGAUGCUUGUUCCAGGAAUGAUACUUACUCCACUUCCGGGCAAGACCUAUGCACCUGGUUUUUACCCAACAUUACCAGGGGGAGCAACUAUUGUUCCACCAUUUGCUGGUUACACCUUUGCACCGAUUCCCACUGCUCCUGGUGUCCCUGGACAAAUCUAUACACCAGCUCCAGGAAAAACAUAUGCCCCAGGGCUCUAUCCAACUGUACCAGGAGGACAGACACUUGUGCCAGGAAUGAUGCUCACGCCACAACCAGGAAAGACAUAUGCACCAGGGCUAUACCCAACCCUUCCUGGCGGAGCAACUCUUGUGCCUCCAUUUGCUUACACGCCUUACCCAGGAUACACAUUUAGUCCACCUAUUCCCACAGCUCCAGGUAUCCCUGGUCAGACAUACACACCAUCCCCGGGACAUACAUUUGCCCCAGGACUCUACCCAACAGUACCAGGAGGACAGCCACUCGUACCAGGAAUGAUGCUAACCCCACAGCCUGGCCAGACUUACGCUCCUGGAUUGUACCCAACUCUUCCUGGAGGAGCUACUCUGAUUCCACCCUUUAGUACAACAGCCAUUCCGACUGCUCCAGGUGUUCCAGGACAAACAUACACACCAUCACCAGGAAAAACAUUCGCUCCAGGACUCUACCCAACAUUACCAGGAGGACAGACUCUUGUUCCAGGAAUGAUGCUCACGCCACAACCAGGAAAGACAUAUGCUCCAGGAUUGCUACCAACUCUGCCUGGAGGUGUAACAUUAAUGCCACCAUUGGCAUAUACACCUUAUCCUGGGUUCACAUUUUCUCCACCCAUUCCUACAGCGCCUGGCAUUCCCGGUCAGAUGUACACACCCUCACCAGGAAAAACAUUUGCCCCAGGUCUCUACCCAACAAUACCAGGAGGACAGACUCUUGUGCCAGGAAUGAUGCUCACGCCACAACCAGGGAAGACCUAUGCACCAGGACUGUACCCAACUCUUCCUGGAGGAGCUACUCUUGUGCCUCCAUAUGCACCCACUCCCUACCCAGGGUUUACCUUUUCACCGCCUGUCCCCACAGCUCCAGGUAUACCAGGGCAGACAUACACACCAUCACCAGGCAAGACUUAUGCACCAUACUUAUACCCGACAGUACCGGGCGGAGAAACACUGAUGCCGGGGAUGAUGCUGACUCCAGAACCAGGAGUGAUGUACCAACCAGGUCUUUAUCCUACUCUACCUGGUGGUGCUACACUUGUACCUCCUCUUGCUAGUACUCCAUACCCUAAAUACACCUAUGCUGCUCCUGUCCCCACAGCACCUGGAAUUAUUGGACAGACAUACACUCCAUCACCAGGAAAGACAUUUGCACCAAACCUGUACCCAACUGUACCAGGAGGACAACCCCUUGUACCUGGUAUGAUGCUCACCCCACGACCUGGCCAGACCUAUGCUCCAGGACUCUAUCCAACUCUUCCUGGAGGAGCGACCUUGAUUCCACCACUUAUGUACACACCCUUCCCAGGAUAUACCUACGCUCCACCCAUUCCGACUGCUCCGGGUAUUCCAGGACAAAUUUACACACCAUCACCAGGAAAGACGUACGCCCCAGGACUCUACCCGACUGUACCAGGCGGACAGGCUCUUGUUCCUGGUAUGAUUCUGACACCUGCUCCUGGCCAGACCUAUGCUCCUGGACUUUACCCGACUCUGCCAAGUGGCGCCACUUUAGUGCCACCAUUUGCAGGUUACACAUUUGCACCAAUUCCUACCGCCCCUGGUGUCCCAGGUCAAAUUUACACCCCUUCACCGGGACAUACUUAUGCACCAUACCUUUAUCCAACGGCUCCAGGUGGUAUACCUCUUGUGCCAGGCAUGAUGCUGACUCCAGAGCCAGGAAAGACGUACGCCCCAGGACUGUUCCCAACUCUCCCUGGUGGUGCUACACUAGUCCCACCAUUGGCCAACACUCCAUAUCCUGGUUAUACAUAUCCUGCUCCGAUACCUACUGCUCCUGGAGUUCCAGGACAAUUGUACACACCUGCUCCGGGAAAGACAUAUGCACCAAACCUGUACCCUACAAUUCCUGGAGGACAGCCUCUUGUACCAGGAAUGAUGCUCACCCCAAAGCCGGGCCAGACUUAUGCUCCUGGUUUGUACCCAACCCUUCCAGGCGGAGCCACACUAAUACCACCAUUAGCCAACACUCCAUAUCCAGGGUACACCAACGCUCCUAUCCCAACAGCUCCAGGUAUACCAGGUCAGACCUACACACCAUCACCAGGCAAGACCUACGCACCAUACUUGUACCCAACAAUACCAGGUGGUGAAACCCUCAUGCCAGGAAUGAUUCUCACCCCACAACCUGGUGUCAUGUACCAGCCAGGCUUAUACCCAACUCUUCCAGGCGGUGCUACACUUGUGCCUUCCCUGGCCAUCACUCCAUAUCCAAGGUACACCAACGCUCCUAUCCCAACAGCUCCAGGUAUACCAGGUCAGACCUACACACCAUCACCGGGCAAGACCUACAGACCUGACUUAUACCCAACAAUCCCGGGUGGUGAAACCCUCAUGCCAGGAAUGAUGCUGACCCCACAACCAGGUCUUAUCUACCAGUCAGGUUUGUACCCAACUCUUCCAGGUGGAGCCACACUUGUACCACCAUUUGCCUAACACCCAUAUCCAGGGUACACCAACGCUCCUAUCCCAACAGCUCCAGGUAUACCAGGUCAGACCUACACACCAUCACCAGGCAAGACCUACGCACCAUACUUGUACCCAACAAUCCCGGGUGGUGAAACUCUUAUGCCAGGAAUGAUGCUGACCCCUCAACCUGGUGUCAUGUACCAGCCAGGCUUGUACCCAACUCUUCCAGGCGGUGCCACACUUGUACCACCAUUUGCCAACACUCCAUAUCCAAGGUACACCAACGCUCCUAUCCCAACAGCUCCAGGUAUACUAGGUCAGACCUACACACCAUCACCAGGCAAGACCUACGCACCAUACUUGUACCCAACAAUCCCGGGUGGUGAAACUCUUAUGCCAGGAAUGAUGCUGACCCCUCAACCUGGUUUUAUCUACCAGCCAGGCUUGUACCCAACUCUUCCAGGUGGAGCCACACUUGUACCACCAUUUGCUAACACUCCAUACCCAGGGUACACCAACGCCCCUAUCCCAACAGCUCCAGGUAUACCAGGUCAGACCUACACACCAUCACCAGGCAAGACCUACGCACCAUACUUGUACCCAACAAUCCCGGGUGGUGAAACUCUUAUGCCAGGAAUGAUGCUGACCCCUCAACCUGGUGUCAUGUACCAGCCAGGCUUGUACCCAACUCUUCCAGGCGGUGCUACACUUGUGCCUCCCCUGGCGUACACUCCAUAUCCAUUUGUUCCACCAACACCAGCUGUCACCCCAUCACCAUACCCAGUACCUACUGCUAUCCCGGGUAUCUUUGAAGGCAAGGGAGUCAACGGACAAGGAAAGGUGUGUAUGUAUGAAGGUGUAGCAUACAAACAAGGAGAGAAGUGGCAGGAUGGCUGUGCUUACAAUUGUGAAUGUAUUGAUGAGUCCAUAGGCAGAUACAGGUGUAAAGAAAAGUGUCCUCUGUUCCUCAAUGUACCAAGCUACUGUCGCCUGGUGGUUGAUCCAAACGAUGCCUGUUGUAAGGUUCCUCAGUGUGUUGAACCCACUCUGCGCCCCACACCUGGCCCUCAACAGAUCCCUGGGGUAUCCCCCACCCCACACACUGGACCACAGACAUUAGCACCCACUCUGAAAGAGACAUGUGUAUUUAAUGGGAAGUCCUACACCCAGGGCCAGCAAUGGUACGAUGGCUGUGACAGAACAUGUGUGUGUGAGGAUGCUCACAUUGGCUACUACCGCUGUGAUGAUAGGUGUGCCAAGUACCCCAACCUGCCCAAUACAUGCACUCUGACAGCCGACCCGAAGGACCCACAGUGCUGUAAGGUGCCCCAGUGUAUCCCGAUCCCAGGCGUGAACGGUAACACUGUGAACCCCUCAGGACAGCCAGUUGUUGUAACAGGAGUACCGGGAGUAAUCAUCGGUGUGGGAGGUACACCUGUGCCACACCCAUACGUGACCCCCAUUCUACCUCCAGGACAAUCGCCACCAACCACCAGCUCUCCUCUGCCUAAAAACGAAUGUGUCUAUAAGGGUCAAGCUUACCACCAGGGCCAGAAAUGGCAGGAUGGCUGUGACUACAAGUGCGAGUGCAUCGAUGGCAAGAUGGGCAAAUACCAGUGUACAGAAAGGUGCCCCACCUUCCCAGUCGUACCACCACAGUGCACCCUACAGAGAGACACCAAUGACUACUGUUGUUUUGUUCCUCAUUGCGACUUCAACCAGACUGUGCCUACUCCAGCACCACAGGUUUCUCCAGUACCUGGGGCUUCCAACAUUCCAUCCACUGCAUUCUGUGUGUACAACGGCCUACCAUUUAAACAGGGACAAGUCUGGGAGGAGGGAUGUUCAAAGCAAUGUCGCUGUGACAAUGCCCUCACCAAUUACUACUCCUGCUUUGACAGGUGCCCAUCCUUUAGCAACCUGGACUCCAGUUGUAUCAUGAAGACAAAUCCCAACGAUCCAUGCUGCCAGAUUCCAGAGUGUCUGAACUCUCCAACGCCUGCACCCAACAUGCAGCCAACCCUCGUACCAGGAGGCACACCAAUUCCAAACCCUUACCUUGUCCCGACCCUUCCACCCGGAAAGAUCACAGGGUCUGGUCCACAAGUCAACCCCAACACAGGACUGCCACAGACAGUCGGUUUCUGUGAGUACAAGGGUGUACAAUACCACAAGGGCGACACUUGGGACGACGGCUGUAACUACAAGUGUCAGUGCAUAGAGGAGACAACAGGAACAUUUACCUGUAAUGAAAGGUGUCCACGAUUCGCCAAGUUACCAGCACAUUGCUUCAUGGCAACAGAUCCAAAAGAUACAUGCUGCAAGAUUCCAUCGUGUCCCCCUACCGCUGCCCCUGGUCUGGCCCCUACACCAGCUCCAGGAUACACCCUCUCUCCGACUCAGAAUCCCUUUAUCUCGCCCACGCCUGCCCCACAAAGCAAGGAUGUAUGUAUAUACCAGGGCCACCCCUACACACAGGGCCAGAAGUGGUUUAAUGGCUGUGACAAGAAAUGUACAUGUGAGAAUGCCAAGAUCGGAUACUACACAUGUACAGACAGGUGUCCAAGUUAUACCAACCUUACUCCUACAUGUGUUAUGGUCCCUGAUCCCAACGACCCUGAUUGCUGUACAGCUCCUCAGUGUGACAAUGCCAACUCUACCAACCCUACUGGCGUAUACGGUUCAAUCGUCGGAAGUGGGCGCCCUCCAACUCCAGCACCAUUUUUGGCUCCAACCCUUGCACCUGGGGCAAGUCCGGACCCCAAUGCACCAUCACCAACACCCAUGCCAAAGGUGUGUGUCUACAAGGGUACACAGUAUAGCCAAGGGCAGAAAUGGCAAGAUGGCUGUGCUUACAAGUGUGAGUGUAUGAACGCAGAUGCUGGAAGGUUCAUCUGCACUGACAGAUGCCCUCGCUACCCCAACUUGCCACUCACUUGUAGACUGGAGUUUGAUCCCAUGGACCCCUGUUGUGAGAAACCAAACUGUACACCCAACGCCGCACCAACUCUCCGACCUGGCCAGACCACACCCAAUCCAAAUGAGUUCUGUGUGUACAAUGGAAUCCCUUACAAACAGGGUCAGACAUGGAAGGUUGGCUGUGAGAAGGUCUGCCGAUGUGACGACGCCAAGAUAGGCCGUAUCAAUUGUGAUGACAGGUGUCCAUCCUUCCCUGUUCUGACCGGUACUUGUUCCCUGGUAACUGACCCUAAUGACAACUGUUGUCAGGUACCGAAGUGUGUCAACACCAACACUACAAAUCCAGACCAGGUGAUCAUUGGCGUUCCCGGCACCAUCACUAACGGAGGACAUGGAAUGGUCCCGAACCCCAACACUGGCACUCGAAACGGUUGUGUAUACAAGGGUAAAUACUAUACCCAGGGCCAGCAGUGGGAUGAUGGCUGUUCCUACCACUGUUCUUGUGAUGACGCCACUUCCGGCGUGUACAGAUGUACAGAGAAGUGUCCACGAUAUGCCAGGAUCCCAUCCUAUUGUACCAUGGUACAAGAUCCAGCCAACCAGUGCUGUGAGAAGCCUUACUGUACACCCCUGAAGACCCCAGCUCCUCAGCCGUCCCUGGCUCCAGGUCAAACUCCACCCACUGUGUCACCCCUCGCACCACCUCAACUCAUGAAUAAGGGUUGUGACUACCAUGGUCAGACUUUCCAGCAAGGACAACUGUGGUAUGAUGGCUGCAGUAAGAUCUGUUUGUGUGAAAAUGGAGUGACCAACUUCUACCGCUGCCAAGACAGAUGUGCCAAGUUCAACACAAUAGGGGCUGGUUGUACAAUGGUGCCAGACUCUAGGGACCCAGCAUGCUGUAAGGUACCAAGUUGUCCUCUGGUAACUCCAAGUGUGCCCCCUACCCCAGGGAUCUACACACCUGUCCCCUCACCCCCAGGUAUUGUCAACGGAUAUGGCAAGGUACCUACUCCAGCUCCACAACCUACACCUGUACCACAGCCAGGAGUAUCCACACUUAAACCUGUCAAUAUUACACCUGUGCCAGGAUGCCUGUACAAAGGACAGGUAUACGGAACGGGCAUUAAGUGGGAUGAUGGCUGUAAUUACAAAUGUGAAUGUAUGGACGGUAUGUCUGGGCGUUACCAGUGUUCUCAGCGCUGCCAGAGGUACAACAACAUCCCGAAGGAUAAAUGUGUCCUGAUCGAGGAUCCCAAGGACAAAUGCUGCCAGGUUCCUUAUUGUGACUUCCUCAAUCCCACACCGUUCCCCAACGGAGCCCCAACACCUCGCCCAAUAAUGGCACCAAGUGCUAUACCUGGUGUAUCACCUACUCCAAAACCAAAUGUUCAGCCAACCCUGGGUCCAAAUGGAGCCACUCCAGCGAAUCCCUUCCUGGUGCCUGUCCGCUAUCCUACCAAAUCACCAAGUAUCACGCCCUCUCCUAAUGGAAUUAAUCCAGGCCUUAUUCCUCAACAGAAAGGAUUCUGUGAGUACAAGGGAGUGUACUACACACAGGGACAGACCUGGACUGAUGGCUGCCAGAAGGUGUGUCGCUGUGAGGCUCCUGAAAAGGGAUACUUCCAGUGUUCAUCCAGAUGCCCCAGAUACAGCAAUCUGAGCAAUUCUUGUGUACUGAAGACCAACCCUGCCGACCCGUGCUGUCUGGCCCCCGACUGUAACCAGUACCCGACACCCCGCCCAGACCUACCUCCUGUACCUGGUGCAUCACCUACCACCCCCUUACCUAUCUUUGUCCCGUCUGCUGUCACUGGCAGCUUCAUAGGCUCGGCACAGAAUCCCAACGGAAUCACAGGAGGAGGAAUCAAUUACUGUGUGUACAAGGGUAAAGUCUACAGUCAAGGAAUGACAUGGGAUGAUGGCUGCAACUACAAGUGUACAUGUGAGGAUGCCAGUCGUGGCCUGUACAAGUGUAACGACAGAUGUCCCCAGUACUACCAGCUGCCCUGGCAGUGCCACUACGAAAAGGAUCCCAAGGACACCUGCUGUCAGAUAGCUAAGUGUGACUUCAACCUGAGCCCUACCCCUGCUCCAUCCACACCAGCUCCCAUCACCAUGGCUCCAACUCCUCACGGCUGGACUGGCCCUACUGUUAAACCUCUUGAUGUAUGUAUGUACAUUGACAACACAACCUACACCAAGGGCCAGACCUGGGAUGUCGGCUGUGACUUCCGCUGUGUUUGUGAAGAUCCGAGCCAGAACAAAUACAAUUGUACUGCCAGAUGCCAGGUAUUUGCUAGCCUGCCUUCUGUGUGUAGUCUCAUACCUGAUCCCAGUGAUAAGUGUUGUGAAGUGCCCAGCUGUGGUUCAUACACACCGGUUACGGUCAUCAACGGAACAUCCACACCACCACCAAACUCUCUCAAUGUGUUGCCGGUGGGAACUCACGACGUGUUCGCAGGAUCCAGUUGGGGACCAGGCUCAGGAACACAUCCUGUCACAGGAAAACGGGAUAAGUGUAUAUACAAGGGUCAGGCCUACUCACAGGGCCAGUCCUGGAACGACGGCUGUCAGUUCGUGUGUUCUUGUGAGGACGCUGUGAAGGGUGUAUACAGAUGCUUGUCCAAGUGCCCAGCCUAUCCUGCGAUCCCGAACUACUGCCACAAAAUCACAGUCCCAGGCCAGUGUUGUCCAUCACUGUCAUGUGAUGUACCAGGCUAUGGCAACUACAACCCAGUUCCACAGUUAAUUCCAGUAAUGGCCCCUACCCCACAGCCGGGUGUUUCCCCCACCCCCAGGCCGUCGGGUCUACCCCCUGUCAUUCAUGUUAUCCCCAGUACCUCCAAGGGUAAUACAACCGGUGGAUUCGCUCCGCUCCCUGGAGGCGGUUAUCCAAUCACAAACAACCAGAUCUCUGGUAUCACAAGCCAGUGUAUAUACAAGAACAAAGUGUACAAUCAAGGCGAGUCUUGGGAUGAUGACUGCGACUAUUCUUGUAAAUGUAUUGAUGGGCGAACAGGAUACUACGAAUGUAACCCUAAAUGUCCAGCUUAUCCUGACCUACCAGCUACAUGUUUCCUCAUCAAGGCAUCAGGAAGCUGCUGUAGAAUUCCACAGUGUACUUAUUAUGGCAUGGUAGUCGACCCAGUGGCUCACCCGUCUGUAGGUAUCCCGGUCGUGGGACAGUAUUCUGGCGGGUUUACAGGCUUCAAACCAGGAGUAAACUUCACACAGAAUUUCCCAUCAUUCAACAACACAAGAGAUGUUUGUGUCUAUAAGGGAGUAAUCUACCAGCAGAACGACAAGUGGGAUGAUGGCUGUGACUUCACCUGUAUGUGUGAUGACGCCAGUACUGGUCACUAUCAAUGUAACACCAAAUGUCCAACCUUUACCAAGUUCCCAUGGUAUUGUUCUUUGGUAACUAAACCAGGAGACUGCUGUAAGAAGGUUAAUUGUGAUACUAGUCUGCUUAAAAUAUCAACUACUACACCUGUUACUCUUACUCCUACCCCCUACCCUCCGACUCCAACCCCCGACCCCAACUCCCAUUGUGUUGAUGCCAUAGACAACUGUAAUACCUACGGAAGAACAUCCUGCUCCCAAUAUAGCAGUUGGGCCAAGCGUAACUGCCAGGCGUAUUGUGGCUUGUGUGCUUCUCAAAGCUCCACAACACCACUAACAUGUGCUAACAAACUGCCCAACUGUCACGAGUUUGGCUAUUCUCAGUGUUCUGGUAUCUACACUGUUUGGGCCAAGGACAAUUGUGCUGAUUAUUGUGGUCUGUGUCCAGGAGCCACACACUACCCAACAUCCACUGUCACUACCACCACUGGCCUGCCUUGUGUGGACGUCCUUCCCAACUGCCAAGACUUUGUGGCCGCCAACUUCUGUAAUGAUCCGGCCUAUGGAAAUUGGUCUAUGACUAACUGUGCUAAGACUUGUGGCUUGUGUAACGGCGGUGCACAGGGACCAACAUCUACUGUUGGGUCAAUGACCUCUGGUAAUGGAUGGCUACUACUGAUGAAGGGAGUGGCCGGAGUACCUGGUGACCUCUACCAGCUGUGGUCUGGAACUGGUACCCUCAACCCUAAUGUCCCUGAGGCUUCGUAUCUGACCGCUCAGUAUCCAGGUCACUACAAACCAGACCUCUCCAACCACUGGGGCACUCUCUGUCUGGACAAGGUGAAGGUAUCUAUCUACAACAAGGGUGUAGAAAAAGCUUGGAUUGUCUUCAACACCACAGGAGCUGACAAGAUGAACUGGUUCACCAAGGACCGAAUUAUUGAUUCCAGUUGGUCAGAUAUCAAGACUGCUGCCAGCCAGUUUUCAAUGCCAGGAGACCCAACAGUUGGCCGACAAUUCUAUGCCAGUGGAAAUUCCAAUGGAUGCGAUUCAAGUGGGUGGAUGAUGGUUUCAACAACAACAUCUAACCCUUGUUUCUUUGAAUCGGGCAGCAAACCAGCUUUCUACUAUGCUCCAGGACAGACACAAGCAAGAUGGGGCUUCACUAAAGGUACUGGUGAUGUGUUUGCCAUCCAGGGCCACAGCACAUGUCCAACAACACUUGUUGUUCCAACUAACGCAGGAUCAAGAAACGGCUGCACAUACAAGGGCCAAACCUACAAAGCUGGAGACAACUGGGUGGAUGACUGUAAAUAUAACUGUACUUGUGACGAUGAUGUCACUGGACACUACACGUGUAACGACAUGUGUCCAAUCUACACGAAUCUACCAAGCAGUUUGAAAUUGGAGAAGGUUCCUGGACAGUGCUGCCCGAAAGUCGUGUUUGUUUUCACUGGGACAAUCAUAACCUUCACUGCUCCUCCCAACAUGUGCUAUUAUAAGGGUAAUUCGUACGGUACUGGUGAGACCUGGGACGAUGGCUGUGAUUAUAAAUGUACCUGUGAGGAUGCUGCCACGGGUAAAUACAGGUGUACACAGAAGUGUGUUACAUGGAACUUGCCUCCCAUCUGUCAUUUGAACAAUCCAGCUCCUGGCAAAUGCUGCAAGACUCCAAACUGUCCUGCUUUUGUAGUUAUCAAUUAUCCACCGAAUUACAAAGAAGAGUGAGACCAUUCACCUUACUGGAUAGCUUUCCUGUUGUUUUUAUAUUACUGUUCUCUUUUUUCAAUAAAAUCAAAACUAAAUAUU